AUGGCAUCCUUCCUCGCGUCUAUCUACGGUACCGAGCAGGAUAAGGUCAACUGCUCCUUCUACUACAAAAUCGGUGCUUGUCGUCACGGCGACCGCUGUUCCCGAAAGCACGUUAAACCUUCUUACUCGCAAACCAUCCUCAUGCCAAACAUGUACCAGAACCCCGCGCACGACCCAAAUAACGUCUUGAACGACCAACAACUACAAGCGCAAUUCGAUGCGUUCUAUGAGGAUGUGUGGUGUGAGUUGUGCAAGUACGGCGAACUUGAGGAGUUGCACGUUUGCGAGAACGUCGGUGAUCAUCUCAUUGGUAACGUCUACGCCCGUUUCACGUAUGAAGACGCCGCCCAAGCCGCCGUCGACGCUCUCAACUCACGCUGGUACGCCGCUCGUCCAAUCUAUGCAGAACUAUCGCCCGUAACAGACUUCCGGGAAGCAUGUUGUCGACAACACGAGACCGCAGAGUGUAUGAGAGGUGGAUUCUGUAAUUUCAUGCACUCGAAGAAGCCGACGAGAACUUUGCAGAAGGAGCUGAUCAAUGGGCAAAAGAAAAUGAGGAAGGAGAUGGGUGUGGAUAAGGAGGCGAGCCGGAGUCCUAGUCCUCCCGCUACGAGGCGGUUCUAG